CUUCAUUCUUCUAUACCCAACAUGCCUUUCAACUACUCUCAGGCCCUCAUCAUUGGCGCCACCUCCGGCAUUGGCCGGGCCUUGGCAGCCACCCUCGUGCAGAACAACAUCCCUGUUGUGCUCACCGGCCGGCGUGAGGCAAACCUGUCCGAGUUUGCCGCCCAGUACGGACCCGACAAGGUCAAGACGAAGGUGUUCGACGUGACCAACCUGGAAAAGAUCCCCCAAUUCGCAUCCGAAGUGCUCGCCGAAAACCCGCAAAUCGACUUCAUCUUCGUCAACUCUGGCAUCCAGCGACCAUUCGACUUCGCGCAGCCCUCAACCGUCGACCUAUCCAUCUUCAACCAGGAACUGGUAACCAACUACACGGCCCCAGUCUACCUGAGCAAAGCCUUCCUGCCGCACCUGCAAGCGCAGACAAACAAGCAGACAGCGAUUCUAUUCACGACGUCGCAGAUGGCGCUGGUCCCGAUGAUGCGGUGCCCCAACUACGGCGCCUCCAAGUCGGCGCUGCACCACUUCAUCCUGGCGCUGCGCACGCAGGUCAGCGCGGGACCCGGAAACGUCAAGGUGAUCGAGGUGUUCCCGCCCGCGGUGCAGACGGAGCUGCACGACACCAAGCACCAGCCCGACCUGAAGGACGGACACUUGAUUGGCAUGCCGCUGGACGAGUUUGUGAGUGGCGUGUGGGCGCAGCUGCAGCAAGGCGAGGAGCAGAUUGCGGUUGGAUCGGCUAAGGAGAUCUUUGAUGCGUUUGAGCCCAAGCGUCAGGAGUUGUAUGCGGAUAUGACGGCGCAGCUGGAUGUUGUUAUUAAGCAGUUCCUGCGGUGA